AUUUCCACAUAUCGCUACGAUGUGAAAUUGGACGUGGAAAAACAAGGUGACACGUUCAAGCCCGGUCUCACCUAUAACGUAGUGGUCGCUUUGAAGCAAAUGGAUGACACACCAGUGAAAGCAAACGUACCACGUCGUGUGCAGGUUACAACCUUCUAUAAUUAUCCGUUCAACCCGGAUUCACCAACUCAGCACGAAGAUAAGGAAGUGAAGAUCGUCGACUUGGAUGCUCAUGGAACUACCGUACUAGCAUUACAGCCUCCUCUUAAUUGCACCAGUGCUAGAAUUGAGAUCGCACUGUACGAAACAAGAGUGACCAUUGAUCUACGGGUGGCACGUCGUUUCAAUGAUGGCCGGGCACCUCUUUUGGAAGUUGGGGCACCGCCAAACUACUGA